AGGAGUUCUAUGGACGAUUCGAAAAGAAACAACUAUGUUUCUUCUUCAGACGACGAGAGAGAAAGUGGAGAUGACGAUAAUUUAUUAAUUGCAAAGGAAUCGAGUGUGGGGCCCCCUAAGGUGCUCUCUAAUCCUGCCAGUGGACCAAAGACGGGACCGAAAGGCGUAAUACGAGAUUACGAACAUUACCAAGAGUUGAGAGAGAAAGAAGAACAAUGGAAAAAACAGCAGCAGAAAGCGCCAUCGAGGAAACCACCGUCUCGAAUGCAACCGGUCACUGGCCAAGCUGAUGACGAUCUGUUUGCUGAGCUCGAACUGGAGCUGGAGUCUGACCCGUUUGUAAACGAGUAUAGAGAGAAGCGUUUGAGACAGAUGCAAGUAGCUGCUGCCACAGCUGCACAGCACAAGCAGAAUGCAUUUGGCAGUGUAGUCGACGUCUCGGCUGACACUUUCCUGGAAGUUGUAGACAAUGAGAAUCCAGCUGUCUACGUUAUUGUACACGUCUAUGACAAUUCUGUGGAUGCAUGCAGUGCUAUGAAUGGUUGCUUGGCGUGUCUGGCAUCCGACUACCCUGACACAAAAUUCUGCCGUUUAAAAGCAUCGAAUGCCCAAGUCAGCCACAAGUUUGAAUCAGACGGACUACCUGCUUUGUUGGUGUAUAGAGGCGGUCAACUAAUAGGAAACUUUGUCCGGUUGUCGGAUCAAUUAGGCGAUGAUUUCUAUGCUUCAGAUGUUGAAAACUUUUUAGUAUAUCAUAAUUGCCUUCCAAAGAGUGACAAAUCACAGCCAAAUCUAGAAUAGCUAAUCUAAUAGAAAAGUCAGUACUCAUUAAUGUAUGACGUCUAAUACACAAAUUAUGGAAACAA